CAACAGAUAAAAAGAGUCCACAAAAACAUUUCUAGUGUGCUGGAAAGAGCAAAAGGAGAGUAGAAUUGAAGUGAAGCUUCAUUCCAUGAUGAAGAGCCUCCUGAUCUUCACUCUCUCCCUAAUAUCAGGUCCAGUGGGCUGUAUUGUGACUGGAUACUCAAGAGGAAGCAUCAUUAUAAUCUCUGGUCUAAAAUGGGAUUCAAGACUUAGAUAUAUUUGUAAGAAAGAAAGCAUAUCAUACAUAUCUAUAUUACGUACUGACACCACAGAGAAUUCUGUUCAAGAGGGAAGAUUCAUGCUGUAUAAAAACACAGGAGGAUUUGUGACAGUGUUAAUCCGGUGUCUGGAGCCACAGGAUGCUGGAACAUACAGAAUGGGAGUAGGGAUUCAGAUGAGCACUGAUGUGAAACUGACAGUUAUUGAUGAUUCUUGUUGUCCUGGGCCAAAAACAAUGUAUUCUUUUCCUGGACAGAAUAUCAGCAUCAUCUCUAACUAUCCUGUGGUAUACGACAGACACUACAAGUAUAUCAUGAAACUUGACAAUGGCAGUGUUUUAAAUGACAUUCUAGAUACUGACACCCAAUCCCAGAACAACAGAUUCUCCAUUUCUGAUGACAGAAAUGCUAAAGUUCUCAGUCUGAGCAUCAGUAAUGUGACAGAAGCUGAUGAUGGAGUUUAUUUAUGUGGAGUCUUCAACAGAAUGAACUCAGUACAGUAUUUUUCCUUCUUCACAGAGAUUCAGCUGCAUGUUAGAGCCAAAUCAUGGACAGAAAUCUCAUCUGAUAGAACGAAUUUCAGUUCCACUCUUAUCAUCAUCAUCAUCAUCAUCAUCAUCAUCAUCAGUGUGUGUGUCUGUGUGACUCUGCUGCUGAUUGGAGGAUUUACAUUGCUGAUGAUCUACAAACGAAGACAGAAGAGAAAACAAGGUUCAAGACCUUCAUCCAAAGACAAUGAACAUGCUUCUCAUGUUAAUGAGAAUGACCUGCCUAAUUUAUCAUUAUAUGAAAACUUGAACAUGAAAAUGAGAUCCAAUCAUCAGAAUCUGGAUUCAUCUACAAACCAGUCAGAUUCAACAUACCAGACACUGGACCCACUCACCAACCAAUCAGAUUCAGGCUACACAUCUCUGAGUAACACCACCGACCAAUCACAUUCACACUACCAGUGCCUGAAUCCAAGAACUCAGGUGAACUCAGAUUAACAGACCCUUCAGUCUUAAUGAUUUACUUUUUUAUUCUUUUUAUUAUAAUGUACGAUUAUGAAUUAAAAUGUAGCUGUUAGCAAAUUGCUAUGGUAUAGGUUUAAGUAUGUUGUUUUUGGAAAAUCAUCACCUCAGGGUGGUAAUUGUUACAUCUUAUAAUUGAUUAAUGCUUACUUAACACAUUGCAUCCUCCUUUUCUUUUUUUAUUAUGUUG